UCUUUGCACAUGAGUUAGGUUUCUCAUCAAAAUUUCUUUACUCAGUACUCAUCUUGAUACAAGGCAGGAGGAACAAGAGGAAAUUAAGGAGACAAGUUAAUUCUUUUGAAAAGGAGGGCUACUCCUUGAUCCAAUACUAAUAAUCGAAAAGGUUCACAGCAAGUUCAGUCUAUAGUGAGACGGGAACAUUUCUGCCGGAGGAAGACAGUUAAAAAAGUAUUCACUACUGCUUACGUCACGCUUUUUCACCUGUCUUGCUGAGAACAGCUGCAAAUUCUGAUCUGAGUUUAAUCUGUGACCUUUAUCCAAUUCAAAAUGCUUAUGCAAAACACUGGUGGUAAUAACCAUUGUACAUCUCAGGGAAGAAUCUUUUCUUCUCCAAAUAUAUAUUGAUCAUCAGUAAUGACAAAAGCAAGUUGAUCAUGAAUCCAAGUAGAAACAAUUCUCAGGCUAAUAAGCAAGAAGCAGGCCAUGAUCAUGACACCAUCAAGAGUAAAAUCUCGAGGACUCCAUCAUCAAGUUCAAGGCAGUCAUGGGCAGGCUUUAAAAAUCCAAGAAUUGUACGCGUUUCGCGUUCAUUUGGAGGGAAAGAUAGGCAUAGUAAAGUUUGCACUAUAAGGGGAUUAAGAGACAGAAGAAUAAGACUUUCAGUGCCUACUGCAAUUCAAUUGUAUGAUCUUCAAGAUAGACUUGGACUCAGCCAACCUAGCAAAGUUAUGGACUGGUUACUUGAUGCUACUAAACAUGAAAUUGAUAAACUUCCACCUUUACAAAUGCCACCAUCAUCUCUUUCUCACUUCUUCAAUAAUAGUACAAAUACAUAUAUGAGAGAUGGACCAAAUCAAGAAUUGUUGUCUCUCAAGGAAUCUAACCAUUUUGAUGUUACUACACCAUUUGGAAAAGACAAAUGGAUUGCCUCAAAUGAGCAAGAAAAUCAGGAGGGUACUAAUAUUGGAGGUUAUGUUCCACUAUUUUCAUCUCAAAAUAUUUCUUCUUUACCUGCAGGCAUGUUAAACAGCAAUAUACCCUUCAGAUAUAACUACCAUAAUUCGGAAUUACCUAAUUCAAAUUUGUCUUUAACUCCAUUUGGAAAUAAUAACCUCUCCUUUUCAUCCCAAACAGAAGACAAUCUUCCUAUAUCAAUGUCUUUUCCUUCAGGCUCUCAUCAUUUAUAUUUCUGUCCAACUGCUACAACAUUGUCAUCUUCUGUUCCAGCUCCAUUUAUGAGUACCACUAAUUCACAGCUCAACCACUUCCAUUCUUUAAACUCAAGUACUAAUUCACAACAUGUUCUUCCAAAUCCGCUCGCGCCAACUCUUCAGUUAAUCAGUUCCCCAGUAAAAACUUCCAAGACCAAUAAUGACCAUCCUAAGAGGAUUAACUCACAAGAUAAUGGUGAUCAACACAACCAGUAAUUACCACAUAAAGAAGGCAGUGGUUCUUAUGUGGUUCUACACCUUGUCCUGGAUACAGCAAAUAUAAAUUUACUACAUUCUUGCUUCUUUACAGAUAUACAGCAAUAUCGUAAGGUACAUUCUGUCUCUUUUAUGUUUAUAAAUUUUUCUCUCUUUAUCUGCGGAACAUAAUAUUGAUAUUGGACUAGUUGUUACCACAAUAUGUGGUAAUUCAUUUUUUUAAGGCACAAGCAAUGUAAGU